GAUGAAAUUCCAGCAGGAGCUGAAGUCUCUAUUUUUUCCAAAAAUGAAAAAAAAGCCAGAAAAUUGAUUUCCAAAUUGAACUUGAAGAAAGUUGAAGGUAUCCAAAGAGUUACUUUUAAGAGAAAGGGCAAUUCCAUUUUUGCUAUUGACAAACCAGAUGUUUACAGAUCAGCUGCCGGCACUUACGUUGUCUUUGGUGAAGCUAAAGCUGAAAACUUAGCUCAAAGAUACCAACAAGCUGCUGCUGCUCAAGCCAAAUUACAUGAACAAUCUGCUGCUCCAGCUUCAACCACAGACGAGACUGAUUUACCAUUAGCUUCAAAGGACGCUGACUCAAUUACUGCUGACUUACAAUCUGCUUCUUUGAAAGACAAACCAGCUCCAGUCAAAAAAGAUGAAGGUCCGGUUGACGAAACCGGUCUUGAUGCCAAUGAUAUUGAUAUUGUUGUUGAACAAACCAAUGUUUCAAGAGCUCAAGCCGUUAAAGCCUUAAGAGAGAAUGAUGGUGAUAUGGUCAAUGCUAUUAUGUCAUUAUCAUAG